CUCGGCAGGGAAGACAUUCGGAAUCUGCGCCUUCCCAACGUUCUCUGCGAGGUUCAAGUUACCCAGCGGGCUGUGCAAGGGGAUGUCACGUGACAGCUGUCUACAUGAUGUUGGGAAGCGUCGCAUAACCUUGAAGAGCAGAAUUGUGGUGUUUGGAGUCUGAGGGCGGAGCCAGUCAUCUUUCAAGUAGCUGUCCUGAAAAUACCAUUACCGGUUCAUGCCAUGGCAAACCAUCUGAGAUUUAUUGCACGCACAGUGAUGGUGCAGAAUGGGAACAUUGAUGCAGCUUACAAGACACUGAACAGGAUCCUUACCGUGGAUGGAAUUGUGGAUAAAGCCAAAAGGGGGCGUUAUUAUGAGAAGCCGUGUAUCCAGAAACGAAGGAUUAAAUAUGAGACCUGUAAACGCAUCUAUAACUCCGAAAUGACCCGUAAAGUAGCAUUCCUAUCUCGGAAGACUCGGCAGGACGCCUGGCCAGGAUGCUAGUGUCUGAAUUUAUAUCCAGCCAAAGACUGCAUUUGAUCUUCUGAGUCUCUGUUAUGGUUCCAUUUUGGCAAAACAUUCAGGCUGGCCUCACAGCUCUCUGCGUUAAUACACAUGCAUUUAAUUAAGAUGCCUUGAUUCAUUUGAAAAGGCUGCCACAUUAAAACAAAUUAACCUACA